GCUGAUGCGAAGUUGGAAUGGAUCACCGCAAGACGAGACCGAGUCGCCUCGACCCCGCACGCCUCGUCUUCCCCCGACGCGAGCCGACGAGCCCAAACCGCCCGAGCCACGCCACGCGCACCGCCUUCUUCGACCGCCCGCCGCCGUCCUCUGCCGGAAUUUGUCUUUCUUAUCUAAAAUUAGCCCAUCGCAUUUGCAAAAAUGGUUAUGGGGUUGAUAAACGCUAAUCCUGUAAUUCAUGAGAAAAAAGAGCGGCGUGUUCGGCAGGCACCAGAGACCACCGAUGAAAAUGCAGCGGAGCCAAUAGACCAGCUAGAAAUAUUUGAUCACAUUAGAGAUAUAAAGGACCCAGAGCACCCAUACUCGUUGGAACAGCUGAAUGUGGUAACCGAAGACUCAAUUGAACUCAAUGAUAAACUUAGUCAUGUCAGGGUUACUUUCACCCCAACAGUGGAGCACUGCAGUAUGGCAACUGUUAUUGGCCUUUGCUUACGUGUGAAACUCAUACGGAGUCUUCCUCCUCGUUACAAGGUGGACAUAAGGGUGGCCCCUGGAUCACAUGCAACUGAAGCUGCUGUGAAUAAGCAACUGAAUGACAAAGAACGUGUCGCGGCUGCAUUGGAAAAUCCUAACCUACUGGACAUGGUUGAGGAGUGCUUGUCGCCAACUUUUGACUGAGACCUGAACCUAACUGGGAACCACGGUUUUGAUAUUCCCAAGCCACACCAGAUUACCCUAUGGAGUAUAAGGCGGUUCUUUGAGAUACCUUGGGCGGUGCAGGACGGGUGCAUCAAUUUUUUUGCUACGUGCCUUUCAGUUAGAAUAUUGUUGCCGUUUUUGGACAGUUUUGGUGCUUGUGAUCUACCUGAGCGAAGGGAAAUGAUGUACUCAGCUCUUGUGUUGUAGCUUUCGGAGUGUUGUCGCUGCUAAGGCAAUUUUGUGGCUGUCGAUGCACACAAUCAACUCGGUUUGGUAGAAGUGUACUCCUCCAUGACAAUUGAUUUCCAAUUCUACCUGAGUUUGCAUA